UUACACCAAAUUAUCCCCAUCAGUCCACCUCAUUAUUACAUCUAGGUCGUGUUUGGCUAUCUUGGAAUGGGAUUUAGAAUUUUGUGUGGCUUUGAUUGCUUGAAUUUCAAGAUCUAGUUACUGUUAGUGUUGAUUGCUCUUAGUGUUGAUUGAAGAGAUCUAGUAUACAUUUGCAGGGGAAUUGAUUUUUUGAAUCAGAUCUUGUGCGAGGAAUCAGAUUUGGGUUCUAUUAGAGAGGAGGUUUGGGGAUUGAAGUGAUAAUAGAUGAUCGGAGUAAUGAAGGAUGACCGGAGCAAUGAGGGAUGAUCGGUGCUGAUUGGGCAACUUAAAGAUUUUCCACGUAAUUAAAGAUUUCAAAUAAGAAUUGAUUUCGUGGCAACUUAACGUGCCAUCUGGCACUUCCGUUGAUGGAAGGACGAAAUUGGUCCCAAAAAUUGAAGUUCAAGGAUUUUUUUAGUAUUUUUUGAAGUUCGAGGGCAUAAAUAAACUUAAACUGAAAAAAAGAAAAAAGAAAAAAAAAAGAGGAUAAAUAAAAAAUCCACAAAAUCAGUUUCUGGAAAGAGAAAGAAAGCUACCGCUGCUGGAACAACCGAAAGAGAGAUCUCUUCUUUUCCAUCGCUCUUUUCUGAUCUGUUUCUCUUCUCCAAUUUUGAUUUUGGUUCGGGCGAGUGAGAUUGAAUUGAAUGCUUGUUUGUGCGAUCGGAGCGCCGUUUUGAUUUGAUCUUGUUUCUGUGUCCGGCGAUCGCGUCGUUUCCUUAGGAUUUCAAGGUUCCAACUCGAGGGUCAGAAAUUUCACACCGUCUGUUACUUUUUUGGAGGGGUGCAAAUUCCUGAAUUGCUGCAGCUAUGAGUUUUGUUUUCCGGGGGACUAGAGGAGAUAUUGAAAGUGGGUUUCCUGGAUUUAUUCCAGAACGACCUGCUGUGCGUAUUCAUGCAGCUCGACCAGUCAACACAAAUUCACUGGCCUUCCUUGUCACAGUUCUUUUGCUGUUCAUGAUUUUAAACUCUCAUCAAAUGUCACCAAACUUUCUGCUUUGGCUAGUGGUCGGUGUUUUUUUAAUGGCCACAAGCCUGAGGAUGUAUGCUACUUGUCAACAACUUCAAGCUCAGGCUCGAGCUCAUGCCGCAGCAGCUAGUGGCUUGCUUGGCCAUACUGAAUUGCGUUUGCAUGUUCCCCCAUCAAUAGCUUUUGCAACAAGAGGACGCCUACCAGGACUGAGACUUCAGCUUGCACUUCUUGACCGUGAAUUUGAUGAAUUAGAUUAUGAUACCCUGAGAGCUUUGGACUCUGAUAAUCCUUCCACAACUCCUUCAAUGAGUGAGGAGGAGAUAAAUGCAUUACCUGUGCAUAAGUACAAGGUCCCUAACCCUGAUAGUGCUGGACCAUCACUGCAGCAGCCAUCAUCUUCUUCUGGAGCACCGCUUGAGACAAAGCAAGACUCUAGAAACACGGAUGGGAGUGCAAAGGCUUCAGAAGACGAAUUAACAUGCACCAUUUGCUUGGAUCAAGUCAGCCGGGGAGAGCUUGUCCGAAGCUUGCCAUGUUUACAUCAGUUCCAUGCGAAUUGUAUUGAUCCAUGGCUGCGACAACAAGGCACAUGCCCAGUCUGUAAGUUUCAGAUGAGAUCAGGAUGGGAGGAAAGCAGAGAAAGUGAAUCAGACGAUUCGGACGUGGUUUGACAUCCCAAGUGCUACAACAACCUGUAUAUGGUAUAUGCUUUCAUCUGCAUUAAACAAUGUCUGUAAAUAACUUCUAGGGAGACCAUGAGGAUAUGUACUGUCUAUAUAUAACCCACCUUAAAAGAGAAGCGUAUUCUUUGCCCUGUAUAAUUUUGUAGGACGCACUCAUGUCUCAUGACUUGUUAUGAUUUGUUAGCAGCUUUUAAAUGUGUAGUACAAAGGCGCGUAUACUUUGAAAAGUCAAAAUUGUACUGCAAAACAAAGGAAAUGGGGGACA